AUGAAGGUCAGCUUCGCCGCCGGGCUCCUCGCCGCCCUUGCCGGCAUGGCCUUUGCCGCGCCGGCGGAUACUCCCCAAAACCACCGGCGCAAUCUCGAUGUUUCACAGGCUCCCGCCGUCCCCAACCUCGCCCGACUAGACUCCCAGAAGCUCAGCCGCCGCAUCGUGAAGAUUGACAAUCACAACGAACAACGGAGCAUCUCGGAGCAAGAGGCCAGGAAGAAGAGUAAGGGGCUAAUAGGCGACCUGCUCGAAGGUCUUCUUGGCCCCAGUGGCACCCGUCGUCCCAAGCCCAAAUCGACCAAAAGGCCCAAAUCACCCAAAAAGCCUAAAAAGCCUAAAGAGCCCAAAAAGCCCAGCGAGACAAAGCCCAGCGAGACAAAGCCGACGCCUACCAAACCGGUCGGCGGUCUUCCUACCCCGGAACCCACGCCCAAGACCACUUAA